GUUAUAUGGUUACAUAAUAUAGUAUAUGAGCAUAGAACCUCUAACCAGUUAUGUCAGUGUGUUUGUAAUCUUAGACCCGGUAACAUGUUACUCUUGUUAUUUUUUUUCGGAAUUAAUGCGGUUUUAGCGGUGGUAGCUCAGGCACCCUGCAUAGAACUGAAUGAUGGAAACAAAAUACCAGUACUCGCUCUGGGUACUGGCAGAGGAACUGCUAAGGAGACAGAAACUCUAGAAGACGUUCGCAACGCAGUCCUGUGGGCCAUCGAAGCUGGGUACCGGCACAUUGACACGGCAGCUGUCUAUGAUGAUGAGGAGCAGGUCGGCCAGGGUAUAGCUGACGCGAUUGCUAAGGGUAUUGUGACUAGGGAGCAGAUAUUUGUGACUACUAAGUUAUGGAACGACAAACACGCCCGUGAUCAAGUGGUGCCCGCUCUCCGCGAGUCUCUGAAGAGGUUGGGACUCGACUACGUAGAUCUGUAUCUCAUACAUUUCCCUGUUUCUACUAAGAGUGAUGGAUCCCCAGACAACAUAGACUAUCUAGACACAUGGAAGGGCAUGGAAGAAGCUCGCCAGCUUGGCUUGACACGGUCCAUCGGCGUGUCCAACUUUAACUUAUCUCAGAUCGACAGGCUAGUCGCCAACUGCCAAGUUAGGCCUGCUGUCAACGAGUUUGAGGUAAACCCAACCCUAACCCAAGAACCCUUAGUCUCCCACUGCCAUUCCCUCGGCAUUGCAGUAAUGUCAUACAGUCCGUUUGGUUUCCUCGUCUCACGCAAGCGAGAUGACGCGCCUCCGCCGAAGUAUGAUGACCCCACCCUGGGAGCUAUGGCUGCUAAGUACGGCAAGACUCCGGGACAGAUCGUGCUGAGAUAUUUGAUCGAGAGAGGUCUAAUCCCAAUCCCGAAAUCCACAAACAAGAAGCGUUUAGCGGAAAACAUCAACAUUUUCGACUUCCAACUCACGGAAGACGAAGUCGCUACCAUCAGCAGGUUCAACAAGAACACCAGGGUUAUUAGCAUUGAAGCCUGGAAGGACUAUCCUAACUAUCCUUUUUAGGGAUACCUACUUUAGAAAUUAAUUAGGAUUGUUAAUCUACAGAUACACUUAAAUAAAAUAAAGUUUUUUGGAAACAAAAGACGUUUGUUACUUUUCUGAUAAUGACGCAUUACUUUAAUAGUUUUGUUUUGUAUAAAAUUGAAAUGAUAACUGAGACCAUUUAGGAAAAAAAAGGUUAUUGCAAGCAUUAGUUUUCGUGGUACAAAUAUGAUGUGAAAUAGAAAAUAAGUUAUUUUAAAAUAAUUUCUGUAGAUCGCAAAUAAAGUUUUUUUUUUUUAUUA